AUGACCACACUGGCUGGCCAGGUCCAGAACGUUCGCCGGCAGAAAUACCAAUUUCCAUUCAGGGAAGCACUCUGGGCUACCCUCCUGAUAAUUUUCCUCUUGUUGGCCUAUAACCCAUUGGUUACCCAGCUGCGCCGGUUUCGUUUUCGCGGUGAUCUUACCCCAUACGACAUUGGUUUCGAUGGAUUUGCACCCUCACAGGGAUACCGCAGUUCUGAGCUCAAAUCGCCCAAACUGGCAUUCAUUCAUACCGAUGCCCGUUGCAGUCAAGAUUACAUUUUCUUUGCGCCAAACGGCGCUUCUAUUCCCAGGCCUGGACCGGUGAUUCUUGAUAGCAAUGGAGAGUUAGUCUGGUAUAUAUGGGAAGGAUUGGAAGGUGUCACACAGGACUUCAGAGUGCAGCGGUACAAGGACGAAGACUUCUUGACAUUUUGGGUCGGGAAUGAGAUAGAUGGGAAGAAACAGGGUCAAUGGUAUAUGCUUGACUCAUCAUAUAAAGUCCGAUAUGCCCUCUCCCCCGCCGGGAGUUUCACUAAAGGGGAUAUGCACGAGUUUCAGCUCACACCGGAGGGAACGGCAUUGAUUGUGGUCUAUGAUUCUAUUCCCGGUGACUUGAGUUCCAUUGGAGGACCACUGGACGGCUGGAUUCUAGACGGGAUAAUUCAGGAAAUUGACAUUGAGACUGGAGAGCUUCUAUUUGAGUGGCGCGCAUCAGAGCACUUCUCUGUUGAUGAUACAUAUCAUGGGUUUACCGGCUGCCAAAAAGCAGAUGCAGCUGCCUUUGCUGGAUGUGGCAAUUCUCCAACCUCCGCUUUUGACUUUUUCCAUCUGAACAGUGUGGAGAAGAAUCAGCUCGGGAACUACCUGGUCUCAAGCCGGUAUACUCAUACCAUCAGUGGGGUGAGUGGGAAAGAUGGGAGCCUUCUCUGGACGUUAGGAGGGAAAUCCAACGACUUUCAGGAUCUUUCUUCUCAUGGAUCAGCAACAGCAUUUGCCUGGCAGCACCAUGCUCGCUGGUAUGGCAAUAGCAGUAUUACGCUAUUUGACAACGCUGUCGAAGAUAAUUCUGACCCCUCUUUGGAGAGUCGGGGACUUAUCAUCGACCUGGAUAUCGAGAAGCGACAAGCUAGUCUACGCGCGGAGUUCCUCCACCCCCAGAAGAUGGAAGCUGUUUCUUUGGGCAGCAUGCAGAUACUGGAAGGCAGCGGGAAUAUCUUUGUCGGAUGGGGCCACAGUGCCGCUUUCACGGAAUUUUCUCCCGAUGGAAGUGUGCUCUGUGAUAUUCAUUACGGCCCUUCCGCAUUGAAUACAUUUGGCCGAUUGAAGUCAUACCGAGUCUUUCGCGGUACAUGGAUCGGAAACCCAACUGAGCCCAUCAAUGUUGCCGUCAAGGGAGAAGUGAUUUACGCCAGCUGGAACGGGGCAACACAGGUAGCCCGCUGGCAGUUACAAGUUCAGAGAGACAAUAAAGGGGAAUUUGAUAGCGUUUCUCAGGUUUUCAAAGAUGGAUUCGAGACAGAGAUCAGACUCCCGCCGACACUUAGGCCGGGAUCCUUGGUUCGAAUUCAAGGGCUGAAUUCCGAGGGUAAUAUCCUCGGGUCAUCACAUAUCGUGGAGAUCGCAGCACAAAAAGAAACGUCAUUCAUGGUUGGUAUCUUGGUGAUAUUUUCUGGGAUUAUCAUCCUGGCUUGCGUGAUGUUUAUGAAAAGACGACAACAUGGCCGUCCACAGAAUGGUGGCGAAUAUCAGAUACUCCCGGUUGCGAAUUAA